CCCCGCGGCGCCAUGGGCAUCACACGGGAGGCGCUGCGCGACGCCAUGCGCUACAUGCUGGAGUCGCAGGGCUUCGACCGCGUGCUCCGCAAGGUUAAACUUGUUUCCGCAACCCCGGGGAAACUUGUGUGCGAGCUGAAAGUGGAGGAGGAGCACACGAACCGAGGCGGCACGCUACACGGGGGGCUCACGGCCACGCUUGUGGACGUGGUGUCAACAGCAGCACUGAUGAACACAGAAAGAGCAGUGCCCGGGGUCAGCGUGGACAUGAACAUCACAUACACUACUGCUGCUAAGAUUGGAGAAGAGGUACUGAUUACAGCCCAGAUUCUGAAGCAAGGAAGAAAUCUUGCAUUUGCCACUGUGGAUUUAACAAACAAGGCAACAGGGAAGUUAAUAGCACAAGGCAGACAUACAAAGUACCUUAAUUAAUACAAGAAGGUUACCCAUGUCGUUAAGAGUGCAAGAGGUGAAAGAUACAGAAGUGAGGAAUA